AUGGGAAGGAGGCAUAUGCCUUCACCAUAUCCUCACGACAUGAACACCUCCUACGUAACACACUUAGGACUGGUUUAUACGUCACAAGAAGUCAAUACAUUAGAUGCAUACUGGGAUUAUGUCAAAGAAGAUUUCCUUCUGGAUCAAUGUAUUAGCUAUAACAGAGUUUUUGUACCAGAAUAUCAUGAGUUAAACGAUGAAAUGUAUCUUAGAUUGGUGAAGAGUCGAUCUAUAAAAAACCGAAAUCCAUCAGAACAUUUGUAUGUAAAAAACAUUUUAAUAAUGGUUACAAAUAAGGUUAAUGAUUUUAUGAUCAAAAAUUAUACAUAUUUUGAUGAUUUAUAUUCAUUAAUUGCAUUAUCUGAAGAAGAAAAUAUUACAUCAUAUGACUUUUGCUUACAAUUUUUUAAUAUCAUGAAUUCACUAAUUGACAAAUGGUUCAAAGAUAAACCUACUAAUGGUAGACCUACUACAUCGUUGGAUGAUCUGAGUAGUGAUUAUAAUUGGGAUAUAUACAAAAUUAACAGCUAUAAAGUAACCAUGAAUAAUUUUUUGAUGUAUCCUCCUAAAAAAAAUGAUCGAAUUACUCAAUUGGGUAGUAUUGUAGGUGACCUACAAAUAUUGAUGUUAAGGGAAUACAAUUUAGAAAUAGUUACCAUAUAUAACUAUAGUGGAAAGCAAGGAAACGUAUAUGAAAAUCGUCUCGAUGAAAAUUUGAUUUUAUACAUAGGUAAUGGACAAAAAUGUUAUUGCUGCGGUCUACGCUUGAAAGAUUGUUGUGAUGACGAAGACGAUCCAUGGGUAAAAAACACAGGGUCUCCUAGCUGUAUACAUAUUUUGUUAUUGUAUAGUUAUACGUCACAAGAAGUCAAUGCAAUAGAUGCAUACUGGAAAUAUGUCCAAAAUGAUUUCUAUGUUAUUAAACAAGAUAAUGGCACUACCAUAUCAAUUAAAGCGGAAAAUGUAAUUGUUGAAAAGUAUUAUACUUUGGUGAAAAGUAGAGCUUUGAAGUACUUAUUUUUAAUUUCUUAUUAUGGGUUAUUGAUUUCUUUUAAAAGUCCAGAGGAAUCUGUAAGGGUACAAUAUAUUUUAUUUAACUCUACAAAUAAAAUAAAAAAUUUCAUGUACAAAUACUAUACACCUAUAGAUGAUUUGAAUACUCCAACAUCUACUUUAUUCUCUGUAGAUAAUACACCAGAAGAAUUUUGCUUAAGAUUUUUUAAUAUCAUGGCCCGAAUAGUUAAAAAAUGGUUCUCAGAUGGUCCUAAUAAUAAUAACACAAUUACGGCGCUUGCAAAUCUGAGUAGUGAUUAUAAUUGGGAUCUAUAUAAAACUGUGGGAAAUUCAGAAUAUAUGAAUAAUUCACUGAUGUAUCCUCCUCUCAAAAGUCAUACCACUCAUGAUUUGUUCAUUGUUAUUGAGGGACUAUACCUAUUUCUGUUACCUGAAUACAAUAUAUAUUAAUAAUAUAUAAAAAUACUAUAGCUAAAAUAUUCAGAAAUUGAUUAUUUAUUCUAAUAUUCUUCAUACUAUUAAUUUUAAAUAUUGAAUAAUUUUAAUAUUAAUUAUUUAUAUGUAUUAUAUCUUAAAUAAUAACUAUUCGGCGAUUGAACUGCGCUCAAUUUACUUUUUUAUUUGUCAACUGGUAUCUGAUUUUUCUGUAAGGUAAAAAAUGUGCGUUACAGUUUUUCUAUAGAUCGGGUAAUAACAUUCUGCACUAUUCAAAGAACUAGCAGAAAAAAAUUAUUCUUACAUAGAUUACGUACAACUAUUUUUACCUAUAGAAAAACUGGAGCACAGAUUAUGCACAUUUUCUUUUUACCUGAAUAAAAAACGGAUGCGGGCUACAUACAAUUUUUCUCUUACCUGUAAUUAAUUAAUAACUAUAUUAUGUAAUUUAUAUUUUUCUUUUCAUAGUUUGUAAUUUUGUUAUUAUCUUAUAAAACUAUUUUAAGUGUACAUUCAGAGUUUACUUAAUAAAUAAAAAUAC